CUUCUUUGGCGUCUCCCCGACCCCGACGAGGAGGAGAUUUGUUUCCGGGCCCCCGGUGGGCGCCGGCCGGGCUGUCGCUGCGCUGCGUACCGGACGCCUGUGCGAGAAACUGAGGCUGCGGCGGCGAGGGGAGAGCGCUGAUCCGGGGCCAUGAACGGGACGGCGAACCCACUGCUGGACCGUGAGGAGCACUGCCUGCGCCUGGGAGAGAGCUUCGAGAAGCGGCCGCGGGCCUCCUUCCACACCAUUCGCUAUGAUUUUAAGCCCGCUUCUAUAGAUACUUCCUGUGAAGGAGAGCUUCAGGUUGGCAAAGGAGAUGAAGUCACAAUUACGCUGCCACAUAUCCCUGGAUCCACACCACCAAUGACUGUGUUCAAGGGGAACAAACGGCCUUAUCAGAAAGACUGUGUGCUUAUUAUUAACCAUGACACUGGUGAAUAUGUACUGGAAAAACUCAGUAGCAGCAUUCAGGUCAAGAAAACCAGAGCUGAGGGGAGCAGUAAGAUCCAGGCCCGAAUGGAACAGCAGCCUACUCGUCCCCCGCAGCCGUCACAGCCUCCUCCACCUCCGCCUCCACCACCUAUGCCCUUCAGAGCUCCAACAAAGCCUCCAGCUGGACCCAAAACUUCUCCCUUGAAGGAUAACCCCUCGCCGGAACCUCAGCUGGAUGACAUCAAAAGAGAGCUGAGGGCUGAGGUCGACAUUAUCGAGCAGAUGAGCAGCAGCAGUGGGAGCAGCUCCUCUGACUCUGAGAGCUCCUCAGGAAGUGAUGACGACAGCUCCAGCAGUGGAGGGGAGGACAACGGCCCGGCCUCUCCUCCACAGCCAUCACACCAGCAGCCCUACAACAGCAGGCCUGCCAUUGCCAAUGGAACCAGCCGGCCGCAAGGAAGCAACCAGCUCAUGAACACCCUCAGAAAUGACUUGCAGUUGAGUGAGUCUGGCAGUGACAGUGAUGAUUAGCACCCGCUCUUUCAAAAUCUACUUCCUGGUGCAGAAAUAUGCUACAAGACCAGGCUACUUUCUCAUGGAGUCCCUUGCCACAAGGAAAAUGCUGUGGAUCAAUGCCUAUAAGGAGUUCGAGGCUUUGGAACUCUCUGAUAUUCGUCUUUAACUUAGUGGUGAUGGGUGAUUUUCUUAUGUAAUUUUUGAAUAAUCUAUCGCAAAGUUUAAGUGUAUCUAUAGAAGGACUAACAGAGUUAUAUUUCUAUGUGGUUAACAUUUUUAAUGAAAAACAGACAAGUGUGCCCUGGGCUAGGUUAUUCAAAGGCCAGGUCUCCACCAGGUCAGCGGUUCAGUUUUAAAUCUCAGUAGCCACCAGUUUGGCCAAACGGUCUGCCCCAGCGAGGUGAAACAUUCUUUGAGGGGUAAAGAGGAAGAGGGAGGCCUCAAGCUGCAUCACAGAGGUGUGUUACAGCCACUUGGAAUUGCCGACAUAAAGUGGUAAGGAAGUUUUCUGAUCCAGCCUGACAAACCUGGGUAGAGGUGGACUCAGUGGAGUCCUGGAGCGUCAGCCGGGGCUGCACACUGAGGAUGCUCUGGCUCAGCCUCCUAUUUACAGGAAAGGGAGGCACAUGGCUGGUUUACCACCGGUGUUCUGUACCCAGUCCAUCUUCCCUCCCCCGAACUUCACUUACAAGAAUCAGAGAUUUUCUAUACAUGGAAUUUAUAGUGUACAUUAACGUUUUUACUGGAUUCAAAAAGACAAAAGCUCUAGGUACUUCCAGCUAGAAUUCAGAUCCCAACAGUCCCCAAAUGCUUUAGGCUGAGUGAGUGAGCAGAUUGAGCCAGCGGCCACUGUGCUGAUGCAUGGGACUCAGUUCGGUUGAGGCUUUUAGUUCCACGUGGACCCAUCCUAGGUGUCCUUCGUGUAGUGAGUUUUAGCAGGACGGGAACGGGGCAGGAGUGGGAGAGAGGAGUGUGAAGGAACCCUCUCUGAACAAAUGAGCCAGCAGUAAAUUUCCAAAAACCAAAAUCUCGAUAGGAGUUCUGAGUUCUGCAGCACGGAAUGAGCACAUUCUUUGAUCAGAUCUUUCUGCUUAUGAUUUUGUACCACUGUGCCUGACUCCUAGACUAGUUUGAAUUUUUAUAUAAAACUAGAAGAAAGUCACAAGAUUGCCUUCUGCAGUGCGCAGUUUCCAAAUGAAUCUGAUGGUGUUGGGAACUGAUCACUAGUGAAUGUCCCACACCGAGGGGCUGUGCGGUGACCUGUCCCAUGAUUAGUGUGGAACAGCCUAUUUCUCUAGUUUGAAUGAAUGUGUCCCAGGAAAUUCUUAUCUACUUUGGUUCUGUGGGCAUCGAGACAUUAAUAAUGAUUUUCCUGCCUCCCAUUCCUCCACUCAGACGGCCUCUCCCCAGCUAGUGGAGGAAAACAGUCCGGACCCACAGGAAAUGGACGGUCCACGAUGGGGGCCGUGGGGAGAGCUGCGGCAUCCACGUAGUGACUCCAGUGAGCUGCACUGGGAGGAGGAGCCGCUGCCUCGCAGCAGCCCGCAGCGCUGCCCGUGUAGGCGGUGGGCACGUGCUAGUUCUUGUGGUGGGGUCUUCGCCCAUCCUGAGGGCUCAGGGGAUUCAGUGGCAGGUAGGAACUUAUUUAUAAUGAAUUGAUUGAUAAUUCUUUUAUAAUUCCGUGGUAAUGAUAGCUCAGGGAAGGUUAAGGUCACGAUUGGAGAUUUGAAUUGUUGCUGGUUGUGGGAAUUAUUUCACUGCUCUUAACUUGCUCAAAUUGAAGCAGGUUCCAGGAACUUGAACUAAAAUACCUAUUUACCCACAAUCCCCAAGGCUUGAUUUAUGUGGAAUUUAUGAUGGAACUGUGGUUUUUGGCCUAUUGAGAUGUUUGCUUCUAUAGGAAAUACUUGUAUGUGGCACUAGGCGUGGUGAAUCACGCUUUCUGAGCGUCAGACUCUCUCCCUUGUCAUCCGUCCUGCCCAGGUUAUUCUCUAGCACAGCUCUGGUUUUUGUUUUCUACGUAAAGCCUUCGUGGUUCUGUCUUCCCGCAGAGUAAAGGAUUUUUUUCUUUUUGGGAAUCAAGAAUGUGGCCUGACAGAUGACUUCACAGGUAUCUUCGUGCCAGCUAAACUGGACUGUUUCUUCCUGUGUCCAUGCCUUUGCUGUCUGUCCUGCUCCCCUGUCACCACUCCAGGCCCCAGUCCAGGGUUCUGUAGUUUCCGUCUCCAUGGUCUCUUCCUGUUUUGACCCACGUGAAGUGCCCUGUGAGUACAAGCUGACCCUUUUCUUACUUGAGCUCUGGCUGGUAUGAGCUCCUUAAUAACAGGAACUAUCAUCACAGGACUAGACCUCCAUGUGCUUAUAGCCUUUCGGGGAGGA